AACGUAUUUUAUCAGAUUUUUUUUUAAUGUUAUGAAACAUCGGCUGCAACAGAUACGAUUUUAUUAUUUUUAAUGUCUUGAUACUUAUUACGAUACACCGUUUACAGCAGAAAUAAUAAUAUUGAUGCACAAUCUCGUGUAUAUGUGAUAUAUGUGAUACGAUAAGUAAGGAAGUAAAGCUGCGAUAUGGAGGUUUUUGAGCCUUGCUCGAAGAGGAAAGCCUUACCAUCUAAGAAAUCAUGUCCGUGCAGGACAAGAUAUGCCAAGAGAUAUGUGCAGCCGCCACGUGCAAAGUCCUUCGCACCAGAACGAUUGUACAAGGCUCCAUCGAAGCUGCUGGAUACCAGUACAACGUAUCACUUGUCCUAUCUCAAUGUGGACCCUGCAAUGGCGCGUUGUUUGCGAGCGCAACCGAUUCGGCCCGUCCAUAGUUUUCAGAAAACCACCGGCAAAUUUUUCGACGAAACAACGAACAAAUUAUCCUACAGACCUGUGUGGCAGGUCGUCAAGGCGGCGCCGAUUAUACCGAAACGUAGACCGAUGACAGUUCAAGGUUCAAUGGAGACUGUAACAACAGUACGUCGCGAUUACGUGGCGAAGCACGUUGAGAGGCCAGAAGUAAUUAUACCCUGCGGAAAUAUUCGUACGAGCGCGGCUCCGUUGGACGAUAAAACGAUGGCGAGACUAUCUUACAUGCAUCCGGGACCUAUUGAACCUGCAAUCAGUUUCAAACCGAUACCGAAGUAUCGUCCACCGAGUCUACCCCUCCCUUCGGAAACGACACAAAAGCUGAGUUAUCAGCCCUUCGCCGUUGAUAAGAAGGAAUUUUAUCCAUGGGCGCAGAAACCGGUAUACAAGCGACCGGACACCGCGAUGUGCGGUAAGACCACUUACGCGGAGAGCUACAUGGAGAACGAUGCGGUUUCCGUGGAGAAACCUUUCCUUCCUGCCGCGACAUACGUGCUUCCUUACGGCGCGGAAUUCAGGGACAAAACCAUUUACAAGGAGAGCUACUUGCCGGGUGACGCGGAGCGCGUGAUACCGUUCGUCCCUCGCGGCAGUAUUUCUAUACCCGAUACGAAGAUGUCCGCUGACACGACGAACAAGCUGAGUUAUCAACAAGUCUGGACCGAGCGGCGAGAGCCGAUUGUGCCGCCGCGCGCCAGGAUGCUGGGCACCGGCAAAAUGCAAUCCGAAACGACGACGCGCAGCGAAUACGUAGCGAAGUCGACGUCGCGUCCGGUUGUUAUCAUCCCGUGCGGUAAUAUUCGCACGGCCGACGCGCCGUUGGCGGGAGAUACGACCACCGGGUUAUCUUACAUAAAACCCGGCGCGAUAAAACCUGUUCGUAGUUACAAGCCCGUUAUGCAAUAUUGCAGGCCGCAAGCUAAAAUCGACUCCGAAACGAUAAAUAAAUUGUCGUAUCAAACGUGGACACCCAGCCCGAAGGAGGAACUUCCGUGGGCGAAGAAAGGUAAGUAUCGGCCUCCAGAACAUCCGAUGGCCGACGACACGGUCUAUCACAUGAGUUAUCCUGUGCCGGGUCAUUAUGUCGAGGACGAGUCGUGCGCAGAGCGUCCUUGCCCGAGCGACGAGCGGAAUGACGUUUCGGCAAACGCGGCAUCUUAAACGUU